UACAGGUUCAUCCAGGUCAGCACUAUGACUGAUGGGGACUAUGACUAUUUGAUCAAACUCCUGGCCCUCGGGGAUUCUGGGGUUGGAAAGACCACUUUACUGUACAGAUACACAGACAACAAGUUUAACCCAAAGUUCAUCACGACAGUAGGCAUCGACUUCCGAGAAAAGCGUGUGGUGUACAACAGCCAGGGGUCAAGUGGGUCUCCUGGAAAAGCCUUUAAGGUCCAUCUGCAGCUAUGGGACACAGCUGGGCAAGAAAGAUUCAGAAGUCUCACAACAGCUUUUUUCAGAGAUGCCAUGGGCUUCUUGCUAAUGUUUGAUCUCACCAGUCAACAGAGCUUCUUAAAUGUCAGAAACUGGAUGAGUCAGUUGCAAGCAAAUGCUUAUUGCGAGAACCCUGACAUAGUAUUAAUUGGAAAUAAAGCUGACCUAUCAGAUCAGAGGGAGGUCAAUGAAAGAGAAGCAAAAGAGCUUGCAGACAAAUACAGCAUUCCAUACUUUGAAACAAGUGCAGCUACUGGCCAAAAUGUGGACAAAGCCGUGGAGACACUCUUGGACUUAAUAAUGAAACGAAUGGAACAGUGUGUUGACAAGUCUCAGAUCUCUGACACAGCCAAUGGGGGAAGUUCAGGAAAACUGGUGUCAUCAAAAUCUGACGAGAAGAAAUGUGCUUGUUGACUUGGCCAUUCAGGUUGAAGAAAAGGAAUGAGAAAUCAUCUAAUCAGAAAAUAACAGAAUGACCAAUUGCUAAAUUCAGCCUGGAACUCCAGUGGGCCACCUGAGACUGCUGUUCUUGUCUUAAGGAAGCCUGAUUUUUUUUCAAUGCUGAUAAAUCAUGCUUCUGCAUUUGAACAGAUGUUACCCAUCUUCAUAGAAAAUCCAGAGGCUCUCGUCUUCUCAAUACAGUAGGCGAGUAAAUACAGAAAAUAUUUGCUUUGGGGAGAGGAUAAUUGAAAUGUUAGGAGCUACCUUUACAAUAAAACAAGGGGUUGUCUUUGUAGGCCUGUGCCAACACUUCUCAUCUCUUUGCCUUCUGUUGUGAUGGACGUUGUGCAUUUGCUAAACAGGUGAUGAAAAAAAACCCAAAGAAUAUAUUGUGCAGCUCGUUAUAAACAUCUCUGUUUUUGAAAACCAAAAAGUCACUGUUGUUACAUUCAGCUGACUAUUCUCAUAAGGUGAGAUCUGAUUAAAACUGCAAUUUAAUCAGGUGGGAUUGGAGGUAUGUGGACUAGAGAGAGAAGAUGUCCAUACAGUGUAGUACAGUGUUGGAAAGGACCAGAUGUAAACCAUGAGAAAGUAUUUGCUCAAAGCUGAAAAGUACUAUCUGCCUUGAAAUACUUGGCCAAGAGAACUGUGGGUGCUCUUUCACUGGUGACUCUGAGAAUGAUAUUUCAAUGGAAUCCCCUUUCAUUAAGAGACUAUGUAUUUAUUAAGUUCUAUGUGGAUACAGUUAACAUUUCUAAUUAAUGUCCUCCAGGACACACAUACACACAAGAUUAUUUUUGCUUUUAUUUUACAUGCAGGGCACUUCCUAAACAUGAAACUAUGUUGAAUGUUGAUUUGGAAAAUUAGAUGUUCAAAGCAACGUCCUGAUUACAUAUAUAAUGUAUGUCUGUUUUUUCGAUCACUUAGGAAUGGAGAAGAGGAAGUUCCAGUAAUGAUUUUGUUACAGUAGAAAUACUGUUAGUGAAGGAUAUAUAUACUUUAGAGCCAAACACAAUAGGACGAUGGUGAUGAUGAUGAACCAAAUGUGUGUCUUUAAAAAAAAAAAUCAGACAUUGUUUUUCUACUAUGCACCAUUUCUCUGAGUUGCCAUUUUGGACUAAAAGGUCUGCUGGUGAAGUCAUCAGAGCAACAUGUCUUGUCCCAGAAGUGCUGUAGUUAGGCCUGUUGUCUUUCGCAACCCAGCCAUUCCAAAAUCGUCUGCAAUCCCCUGCCACCAUUUUCUGAAUUAGAGAAUUGAUUUUACCAGGUUCUUCAUCACUAUCAAUCCAAAGCAAAACAGUUGUUUAUAAUAUUUAUCACGAUGCUCUUCAUCAGUCUCUCAGUUAUUAAAAAUAUAUUUCUGGUUGCAAAGUGUGAGCACAUUUCUCAGAAAGAGAAAUAAUGUAGAGGGAUAAAUUCACAGGGAUAUCUUAUUUUUCAUUUUUAUUCCAGUACUGUGAUACCUUCAGUACAGUUUUAAAUAUUUACUGCUUUUUGUAAGUCUGUAGAACUGGUUUUCAGAAAAAGGCAAUUACUAGAUCCCAGAAGUGUCUUCACUUUUGCUAAUGCUUGAUUGCUCAGCACUUAUAUUGGGAAAUACUAAUGUUUUUGUCUAUGAAACCUGGAACAUAUUCGCUUGGAUUCAGAAUGCUUUGCUUGAAAUCAAGGGCUGGGGGAUACACUUAACUAAGUGUAAAAGAAUAACAGAUUCUUUAUGCAUUAAAGAGUAUCUUCUCUUCUAUAUGGCCCUGCACUGUGAGGAAUAUUUCAUCUCCUUUUUCUGCAAUUCUGCUCUUUUAUAUCAAACAUCUUUUAGCUUUCUAGUGGAAGAGGAUAUUGGAACAACGUAUCCUCAAUAUUCCCAGCUGUUGCUACCUGCUCAGUGCUCUCUGUUGCAUAGCGGUAAACCAUGGGAUUAUCUGCUGCAAAAUUUGGGCAUAUGGCUGACCUUAAUGAGGAAUCCCAGCUGACUUAUUGAAAGUUGCCAUUCAGAAAUCUUCUAGCAUCUAGCUUGAGAGUUUUGGAUCUUCUGGCACCGUAGAACCAAUCUGGAGGGACUAGUAUACUCAUAUUCCAGUAGUAUGCAAAUGUCUAGGACUACCAUACACAUUUGGUUGCUUACUAUCUGGAGUAGCAACUUUAAGAACUUGAAGUCAUCCUAAAGGCACAAUUAUUCUUGGGCGUCAUUUGUUGCAAUCACAUGCUGGGAUACCCACCAGCAUUCCUGCAAGAUCUGCCCUUGCCUCUAUCUCAGCAUAAUACCAACAUGAGCGAAUGUGUUAUGCAUGCAUGUUAAACUUUUAUAUUGUGUACACAGAAAAUUUCCUGACAUUAAACACGGCAAAAUAGCUGUUGGUGUUGUAGCUGUCAUUAUGCACACCUAAGCUCCUGCAUGCAUAAAAUUUAGAUGUUUAUGGGGAACAUUCAUGAUCACAAUGUUAACCCACAUGAACACGUGAUUCAAAUUCCCAGAUUGGCACUAUAUUACCUUACUAAUACCUUAUGAAAUCUGUUUGAUGCAACUGGAAGGUUGCCAUGAUGGCAAUACUGAAGUCCAUCUUGCUUUUUCAAUAUAAAUAGAAUAUAAAUUCCAUAUCACAUCAAAAAAAUCUUUCAUUAUCUCUUGUGAUCCUAUCUCGCCAAGGAGACCAGGAUAUGUACGGUUGACAUCAAAUAUAUUGAUGUAGGACAUGUUGCCAUUAUAGUUCAUAAUUGGUUUCUCAUCACAAUAAUUCUACAUAUAAUUCAAUAUUUGAUUAAAGUUCAUCUGCAAUUCAUUGAUGAAUAAUUGUAAUGACAAUAAGUUAAGAUAAUAUUUCCAGUCUUCCUUUUGAUCUGUUAAGAUAUGGUAAUAGAGAUUCUCUCUUCUCCUGACAUGGUUUCAUGAAUAUUUGAAUCAAAACAUUGGAGGUAUAUCUAUGAUUAAUAGACCCAUGGCUGUUCACUGCUCAUAUCCACUCUAUUACUCAAAAGUACUCAGAAGUAAUGACCAGCCUCACUUGCCAAGUGUGCUUCUGAGGUGCUUGUCUAAGAUAGUGAAAGCACACCCAAGCCAACCAUGGUUUCAUAAACCAUAUAUAAUAGUUGAGGGAAAAAAACUUGAGAGUUGUUAGUUCUGUGUAGACAUUUUUUUCCUGCUUUUAUUGACAACAAUCUGGUUUGCGUUUGCAUUACACUGCAGCAGCUCAAACUUGACUUUGAUGAAAGGAGCUUUGAUUGCUUUGUUAAAGCCUCUGAAGAGCGAAAGUCGUUGGCUAAUGAAAUGCAUAUGAUGUACCUAAUAAUGACUGUAUAUGGGAUAAAUCAAUAUAUAUUUCAGAGAAGGUUGUCCCAUAACUGAAAGUGUGUUUUCUGUACUUGCUCAGCAGCCUUUCAACAACGUGUUCUACAAAGAUCUACAAAGUAUUCAAACUAACAAUUUAGCUGCUGUUUUGUUAUGAAAAUCUAGCUUCCCCAAUACAGUAAGUAUUCUGUUGUCUGGUAUUAAAUGAAGUGACCACUGAAACAAUUCAGCGCUGUUGGUUUUUUAGCUCCCUCUCCAUUCCAACUGAGGCAGAAUUGGGCAAGGUCCCUCAUGGUCAGCUUUAGAGCUCCUCUUGAAGCUCAAGGUUAGUAACCAUCAGGAGGAGUCUGGCUACCGUAGAUUAAUAUGGCUCUCCUCCAGCAACAUCCUCAAGACUUGUAAGGAACUCCCUUUAAUUUCCUCAAAGAUCCUUAUUCUCUAAAAUAAGUGCUUAUGAUGGCAGCUCUUCUAAAAGUCAAAGUAAAGCAUAAUCCGAAUCACGUGUUUAUGGCUGUUACAGAAGGGGAUUAAGAAAGGGGAGAAAAGCAAGUUAUGACAGAAGCACCAUUGCAAUCAAACUCUCAGAAGGGGUGAAGUCCUGCAGUCUGUGUGUGUUGUCUGUCCUUAAGUUUUUAGUUGUGCUGUAUUUACAACAGCUCUCCUCAUCUCAUGCCAUUUAGCACAAGGUCUGUAGGGGGUAGUUCUUAAGAAACGUAGACCCAUCUUCAACUUCUACUUAAAAAGGACCUGCCUGGAGCUUUUCUGAACUUGAUUUCACCCCAACUGUUUAAAUCAACUCAAGAAGCUCUACUCUUCUCGAACUGCCAUUUCUCCACCCCACAGUGGAAUGUUCAGUGUAUAUAGCUGUAUAAUUCAAGGUACCUUAUGUAUUUCCCCGAAUAUAUUUAUUGAAAUUAUUCUUUUCAGACUUUGAUUCAACACUAAGAGCCUCCUAAUGGAUCAGUUGCUGCUGCUGCUGUUUCCUCUUCCUCUUUUUUUUGGCUUUGUUUUGCUUUUAGUGUGCUCUUAAAUUAGAUAACUCAGAGCAUGUUUUCUGUUGGUCUUUGAGACGGUUCUGUACAAGUUAAAGAUUUGCAUUCUGACCUAGGUGUUUGAAUUAUAUCUCACUGCCAGCAUAGCAGCGUCAGUCAUAUGCUGUGGCUUUUCAAUGAUAUAUACAUAUAUAUGUAUUUAUAUGUGUGAGCGUGUGUGUGAAUGCACACAUAUACAUACAUACAGUCAGAUUUUAUCCAUUGGUGUCUGGGUUUAUACAAUAUGGCUAAGGAAUGUAAUUCUGUCGUUUCAUUUCUGCACUGUUCUUUUGAAAUUAAAAACAAUACAUUUUUAAAGCAGUAGUUGA